CUGAGAUAUGUAAUUGGUUAAAUAAGCAAGCCAUUUUUCAAGUUCACAAGCCACCUCCAAGGUAUAUUCCUAGAGUUUCAUUUAAUACAAUUCAAAUUCCUAAUGAAUGUCAUCAGGCUGAUAUUCUCUAUAUGCCUUAUAAUAAAAUUAGAAAAAUAACCUAUAUGUUUUGUCUUAAUGUAGUAGAUAUUGCUUCUAGAUAUAAAGCAUCAGUUCCAAUUGGAGGUAUUAUUUCUAAUAUCGAUGCAUUUAAAAAAAUCUAUAAUGAUUCAACAUGUCCACUUACUUAUCUUAAAUUAUUGUUAACAGAUAAAGGUUCUGUAUUCAGAAAGGAUUGUGAAAGAUUAAUGAUAAAACAUUGUAUAAAAAUUCAAAAAGCUAAUUCUAAAUUAAGAUACUUACUUGAACCAGGUGAGUUAGAAGGUGGAAAACAUCGUGUGACUGAUUAUGAAAAUAGCAAUGGACCUGAAAGAUCAUUUGUUCAUGAACAAUUAAUAAAAGUUGAUAAGAUCGAAUAUUCAUCCAAAUGGGUAUUACAAAAUUAA